UCUAUACAGGAGACCAGAUCAGCCCACCAUGGAGAAAACUAGGACGUGGAGGUCUCAGUAGCUGAAGCUGUGGGACCUGAGUCUACGCUGCUUGCAAUGCUCAAGCUGCUAUAAAACCUCUAGGAGUGGAGGGCGGAAGCCCUGUCCAAAGAGGUGAUUGACAUCUCAGCCUUCAGGGAAUGUAUGGAUACCAGUCUUUCCAUCCCAGCCCAGCCCAUUGAGCAUCUGCAGGGUCUUGUGUAUCCCAGUCUGGCCUGAAGCUCAUUGUGUAGCCUUGGAUUCCUGAGCUUCCAUCCCUCCGUGAAAACUGGGAUUUCAGAUGAGGAAAAAGAGACAGCAGCUUGCCUGAGGUCACCUCCAACAUGAAGAUUCCUGCUGUGCUGUCUCUCCUACUGGUGUCUGUGGGUCUCAGGGACGGAGUUCAGAGACUGCCCUCUCAGUCCUUGAUGCUCCCUAACCCUCAGGUUCAAAGUUACUCCAUCUCACAACUAGACAUCUUUUCUCAAGAAACACCCCUGGACAUGGCCCCAGCGUCCUUUGAUGACCAGUAUUCUGGCUGCCUGGCAGACAUGACAGCGGCACUGCCAGAUCUCAACCAUUCAGAGUUCCAGGCCAACAAAGUAUACGCGGAUGGCUGGGCUCAGGCCAACACCCAGUGGCAGGAGCGCAGGACUUGGGGGUCUAUGUGGGGUUCCUUGCCCCCACCACCGCCAGGCUUUCGGGAUGAGCACGGGGUGGCGCUCCUGGCUUACACCGCCAACAGCCCCUUGCACAAGGAAUUCAACGCGGCAGUGCGCGAGGCAGGCCGCUCCCGGGCCCACUACCUCCACCACUUCUCCUUCAAGACCCUCCACUUCCUGCUCACCGAGGCCCUGCAACUGCUCCGGAGCCACCGAUCUCGCGGGUGCCGGCAGGUGUACAGGGGGGUGCAUGGCCUGCGCUUCCGGCCUGCAGGGCCUGGCGCCACCGUUCGGCUGGGGGGCUUUGCUUCCGCGUCCCUCAAGAACGUUGCCGCUCAACAAUUUGGCGAGGACACCUUCUUCGGUAUCUGGACCUGCCUCGGGGCCCCCAUCCGAGGCUACUCCUUUUUUCCUGAAGAGGAGGAGGUGCUGAUCCCGCCUUUCGAAACUUUCCAGGUGAUCAAUACCAGCCGACCCACCCAGGGUCCCGCACGCAUCUACCUCCGAGCUCUGGGCAAACGUAGUACUUACAACUGCGAAUACAUCAAAGAAAAGAAGUGCAGGUCUGGGCCCUGCUGGCUGGGUAGCUCAGCCCCAGGCUCCCCCUCUGUCUCCUGGUCUCUUCUGCUGCUGCUCUUGUUCCUUGUGUUGAUGGCCCUUCCAGAGAAUCCAGGUCUCCAGCAACCUACACAAUGUUGACCGGCCCUGACUGAAGAAGACUGGUCAACUAUACGCCUUAAGUAUAGCAGGAUCCUGGUGAAUCAGUCCAUCUACAGGAAACUCUGGGACCUUCUAUGGCAAUUGCCAGACAUAAGAGAAUUUGGAGACUGAACCUCACCCAGGGAUGUAGGAAUGGGACUGAGGACAGGCAGAGGACUCGAGGACAGGCAGAUACUCAAUUUGGAGCCAGGAGACUUCAGCUCAUUGUGGGUGAUGAUGAGGGAGCACAUGUGGCCACGAGUCAAGCUGGAGUCACUUAAAUGCCUCUCAUAAAGGUCUGAGUGGUACUACCAGGCUAAUAAAUGUGAUUUCUAAAGAGAUG